AUGAAUUUAAAGUUGGCUGGCUUGUCUUAUUGUGAAUUAAUCACCUUACGUGAUGAUCUCAAAACUGUUAGUCAACAAGUGUCUUCUUCAAUAUCCAGCCUCCGACAUACAUCUACAGCAAUUUCACGCUUAAAAACAGAUGUAUUAAAGGAGGAGAAAAAUGCUGGCAUAGCCCAUAAAACAUCUGAACAUGGACUGAGUAUUAAAAAUGAUAAUAAUGAACUGACAAGUUAUUUUAUGAAAAAGAUCUCUGAAUUUGAUACAAGAAUCCGAUUGUAUAAACAUGAGUUAGAGGUAUUUGAAGAGAAUGUGUAUUCUCAGCCAUUGACUCCUAUGACUCCACGAGACCUUCUUAAUAUUCUGCAUCUAAUCGAUCAUGAUUUUAUCAAUCUUGCUGCUCAGUUGUACACUACACAUGAAAACAUAAAGGCAAUAAAAUCAAACUACUUAAAAAAGUAUCGUAUGUGUUAUGGUUCAGCCCGCAAUCCAUUCGGCGAUAAUGAUGACUUUCAUUUCAAGAGUCAAAUAGAAGUUGAUAAUUUAUUUGGAACAGGAUUAAGUAAGGGAAAAAUCGGUUCAUCAUUCUCCACUCCAUAUGGUCCUUCUCCAUUCCCAACAUCAGAAACACCUACUACAUCCAAUUCAAUCGGUAGUGUUGAAAAAACUUCAAUUAUUCCGUCGGCACCUUCUACUACAACUUCAAGCAGUGUAUUGUCGAAUCAGCAGUUUGGUAUAACUUCAUCUUUCCAGCCUGCAUCCUCCGUACUUUCACAAAUAGGUUCAUUGACUGGUGGAGCUCCUGCUUUGAAUUCAACUGUUACAACAGGUUUAGUCAAACCAGCAUUCGGAUUUCAAUCACCACUAACUACUUCAACAACAAGUUCUGUUGGUAAAAUUGGACUAUAA